AUGCCACCAAGGACCCAGGGCAAAGUCUGGGUCCUGUCCUGGGACAGGAGCUCUGAGAGGGAGGAAACACCCUACCACCGCUGCCCAUUGCUCCCACGCUGCCCACGCCCCCACGCUGCCCACGGCCCCCACGCUGCCCACAGCCCCCACACUGCCCAAGGCCCCACGCUGCCCACGCCCCCACACUGCCCACGGCCCCACGCUGCCCACAGCUCCCAUGCUGCCCACGGCCCCACGCUGCCCACGGCCCCCACGCUGCCCACGGCCCCACGCUGCCCACGCCCCCACGCUGCCCACAGCCCCACGCUGCCCACGGCCCCCACGCUGCCCACGGCCCCACGCUGCCCACGCCCCCACACUGCCCAAGGCCCCACGCUGCCCACGCCCCCACACUGCCCACGGCCCCACGCUGCCCACAGCUCCCAUGCUGCCCACGGCCCCACGCUGCCCACGGCCCCCACGCUGCCCACGGCCCCACGCUGCCCACGCCCCCACGCUGCCCACGGCCCCCACACUGCCCACGGCCCCACGCUGCCCACAGCUCCCAUGCUGCCCAUGGCCCCACGCUGCCCACGCCCCCACGCUGCCCACGGCCCCCAUGCUGUCCACGGCCCCCACGCUGCCCACGGCCCCACGCUGCCCACAGCUCCCAUGCUGCCCACGCCCCCACGCUGCCCACGGCCCCCACCCUGCCCACGGCCCCCAAGCUGCCCAUUGCUCCCACGCUGCCCACGGCCCCCACCCUGCCCACGGUCCCCACGCUGCCCACGCCCCCACGCUGCCCACGCCCCCACGCUGCCCACGGCCCCCACGCUGCCCAUUGCACCCACGCUGCCCACGGCCCCCACCCUGCCCACGGCCCCCACCCUGCCCACGGCCCCCAAGCUGCCCACGGCCCCCACGCUGCCCAUGCCCCCCACGCUGCCCACGGCCCCCACCCUGCCCAUGGCCCCCAAGCUGCCCAUUGCUCCCACCCUGCCCACGGCCCCCACCCUGCCCACGGCCCCCAAGCUGCCCACGGCCCCCCACGCUGCCCAUGCCCCCCACGCUGCCCACGGCCCCCAUGCUGCCCAUUGCUCCCACGCUACCCACGCCCCCACGCUGCCCACGGCCCCACACUGCCCACAGCCCCCACGCUGCCCAAGCCCCCACGCUGCCCAAGCCCCUACGCUGCCCAUGGGCCCCACGCUGCCCAGGGCCCCCACCCUGCCCACGGCUCCCACGCUGCCCACAGCCCCCACUCUGCCCAAGCCCCCACGCUGCCCAAGCCCCUACGCUGCCCAUGGGCCCCACGCUGCCCAGGGCCCCCACCCUGCCCACGGCUCCCACGCUGCCCACAGCCCCCACGCUGCCCAAGUCCCUACGCUGCCCAUGGGCCCCACGCUGCCCAGGGCCCCCACCUCUGCCCAUGGCUCCCACGCUGCCCACGGCCCGCAUGCUGCCCAAGCCCCCAUGCUGCCCACGGGCCCCACGCUGCACUCGGCCCCCCCUGCCCACGGCCCCCACGCUGCCCACGGGCCCGAUGCCCUCGGCCCCCCCUGCCCACGGCCCCCACACUGCCCAUGGCCCCCAUGCUGCCCACGGGCCCCACGCUGCCCACAGCCCCCACGCUGCCCACGCCCCCACGCUGCCCACAGCUCCCACGCUGCCCACGGCCCCCACGCUGCCCACACGGGCCCCAUGCUGCCCAUUGCUCCCACGCUGCCCAUGGUCCCCAUGCUGCCCACGGCCCCCAUGCUGCCCACGGGCCCCACGCUGCCCACGGUCCCCAUGCUGCCCACGGCCCCCACGCUGCCCACGGCCCCCACGCUGCCCACGGCCCCCACGCUGCCCAUUGCUCCCACACUGCCCACACCCCCACGCUGCCCACGGCCCCCACGCUGCCCACGGCCCCACGCUGCCCACGGCCCCCACACUGCCCACGGCCCCCACGCUGCCCACGGCCCCCACGCUUCCCACGGCUCCCACGCUGCCCACGGCUCCCACGCUGCCACGGCCCCCACGCUGCCCACGGCCCCCACCCUGCCCACGGCCCCCACGCUGCCCACAGCCCCACGCUGCCCACGGCCCCCACGCUGCCCACGGCCCCCACGCUGCCCUCGGCUCCCACGUUGCCCACGGCCCCCACGCUGCCCACGGCCCCCAUGCUGCCCACGGCCCCCACGCUGCCCACGUCCACCACGCUGCCCACGGCUCCCAUGCAGCCCACGGCCCCCACGCUGCCCACGGCUCCCACGCAGCCCACGGCCCCCACGCUGCCCACGGCUCCCACGCUGCCCACGGCCCCCACGCUGCCCACGGCCCCCACGCUGCCCACGCCCCCACGCUGCCCACGGUCCCACGCUGUCCACUGCCCCCACGCUGCCCACGCCCCCACGCUGUCCACGGCCCCCACGCUGCCCCACGCCCCCACGCUGUCCACUGCCCCCACGCUGCCCACGCCCCCACGCUGUCCACGGCCCCACGCUGCCCAUUGCCCCCACGCUGCCCAUGGCCCCCACGCUGCCCACGGCCCCACACUGCCCACAGCCCCCACGCUGCCCAAGCCCCCACGCUGCCCAAGCCCCUACGCUGCCCAUGGGCCCCACGCUGCCCAGGGCCCCCACCCUGCCCACGGCUCCCACGCUGCCCACAGCCCCCACUCUGCCCAAGCCCCCACGCUGCCCAAGCCCCUACGCUGCCCAUGGGCCCCACGCUGCCCAGGGCCCCCACCCUGCCCACGGCUCCCACGCUGCCCACAGCCCCCACGCUGCCCAAGUCCCUACGCUGCCCAUGGGCCCCACGCUGCCCAGGGCCCCCACCCUGCCCAUGGCUCCCACGCUGCCCACGGCCUGCAUGCUGCCCAAGCCCCCAUGCUGCCCACAGGCCCCACGCUGCACUCGGCCCCCCCUGCCCACGGCCCCCACGCUGCCCACGGGCCCGAUGCCCUCGGCCCCUCCUGCCCACGGCCCCCACACUGCCCAUGGCCCCCAUGCUGCCCACAGCCCCCACGCUGCCCACAGCCCCCACGCUGCCCACGCCCCCCACGCUGCCCACAGCUCCCACGCUGCCCACGGCCCCCACACUGCCAUGGCCCCCAUGCUGCCCACGGGCCCCACGCUGCCCAUGGUCCCCACGCUGCCCACGCCCCCCACGCUGCCCACAGCUCCCACGCUGCCCACGGCCCCCACGUUGCCCACACGGGCCCCAUGCUGCCCAUUGCUCCCACGCUGCCCAUGGUCCCCAUGCUGCCCACGGCCCCCAUGCUGCCCACGAGCCCCACGCUGCCCACGGUCCCCAUGCUGCCCACGGCCCCCACGCUGCCCACGCCCUCACGCUGCCUACGGCUCCCACGCUGCCCACUCGGGCCCCAUGCUGCCCAUUGCUCCCACGCUGCCACGGUCCCCAUGCUGCCCACGGCCCCCACACUGCCCACGGCCCCCGAGCUGCCCAUGCCCCAACUCUGCCCACGGCCCCCACGCUGCCCACGGGCCCCACGCUGCCCACGGGCCCCACGCUGCCCACGGUCCCCAUGCUGCCACGGCCCCCAUGCUGCCCACGGCCCCCACGCUGCCCACGGCCCCCACGCUGCCCAUUGCUCCCACACUGCCCACACCCCCACGCUUCCCACGGCUCCCACGCUGCCCACGGCUCCCACGCUGCCCACGGCCCCCACCCUGCCCACGGCCCCCACGCCGCCCUCAGCUCCCACGCCGCCCACGGCCCCCCACACUGCCCACAGCCCCCACGCUGCCCACACCCCCACGCUGCCCACAGCCCCCACGCUGCCCACACCCCCACGCUGCCCACAGCCCCACGCUGCCCACGGCCCCCACGCUGCCCACGGCCCCCACGCUGCCCUCGGCUCCCACGUUGCCCACGGCCCCCACGCUGCCCACGGCCCCCAUGCUGCCCACAGCCCCCACGCUGCCCACGUCCACCACGCUGCCCACGGCUCCCAUGCAGCCCACGGCCCCCACGCUGCCCACGGCUCCCAUGCAGCCCACGGCCCCCACGCUGCCCACGGCUCCCAUGCUGCCCACGGCCCCCACGCUGCCCACGGCUCCCAUGCAGCCCACGGCUCCCACGCUGCCCACGUCCACCACGCUGCCCAACCACCAAGCCCCGCCAGCUCCCCUCCCCCCAUCCUGA